GUGGCGCCGGGGCCGCGCUCCAGUUCCUCAUUCGCCUCACGGAGAGCUCCGGGCCGAGCACCGGGCACCGAGCGGCUAUGAUGGACCGCGACCGCAACAAGACGCUGCUACUGGAGCUGCAGAGGGCCGCCGGCACCGGGAACAGCCGCUGCGCCGACUGCGGGGCGCCAGAUCCAGAGUGGGCUUCUUACAAACUUGGAAUAUUCAUUUGUUUGAAUUGCUCUGGAAUCCAUCGGAAUCUUCCUCAAAUCAGCAGGGUCAAAUCUCUCCGGCUUGACUUCUGGGAGAACGAUCUUAUAGAGUUUAUGAAGCAGCAUGGGAAUCUCUGUGCCAAAGCUAAAUAUGAGGCAAAUGUCCCUCCAUACUAUUACAUCCCCCAUUCCCGUGACUGCUUGGUUUUAAAAGAGCAAUGGAUUAGAGCUAAAUAUGAGCGUGAGGAAUUUGUUGCCACCCAAGUCUGCCAAGAUCCUUGUUCUGCAGGUAGCCGUGAAGGAUUCCUGUGGAAGCGUGGGCGGGAAAGCAAACAGUACCAGAAGAGGCGAUUUCUUCUGUCAGCAAGGGAAGGGGUGAUGAAAUACUACACCAAAGAAUCCAGAGGUCCAAAAGCCAUUAUCAGCAUUGGGAAUCUGAAUGCAAUGUUCCAGACAGAGAAAAUCCAACAUUCUCAUGGGCUGCAGAUCACCUACAUCACAGAUGGUCAAACAAGGAACCUUUUUGUCUAUCACGAAAGUGGAAAGGAGAUUGUUGACUGGUUCAAUGCUAUUCGAGCAGCACGUUACUAUUAUCUCAGAACAACCUUCCCAGCUGUCCCUGAGCCUGAGCUCAUACCCAGGAUCACAAGAAAAUAUGUCAAAGAAGGACAUAUGGAGAAAACAGGACCAAAACAGAAGGAGGCCUUUAAGGUGCGCUGGUUCUGCCUGGAUUCUCAAGAAAGGAACCUGAUGUACUUUAAAAAUCCACUGGAUGCAUUUGCACAGGGACAGGUCUUCAUUGGAAGGAGGGAUGAGGGGUAUGAAGUACGAGCUGGCUUGCCCCAGAGAGUCCAAGUGAAGAAAAGGAAACCAGCAAUCACUGUGGUGACACCAAUGAGAGAGUUUGUGUUUAUAUGUGAGACCGACAAGGAGCAGAAGGAGUGGAUAGAUGCCUUAAAUGGCGUCAUUGCCCAGCCCCUGAAUCAUUAAGACUAGCACUGAGUUCUGGUGAACUGCACUUCUUGGGCUCUGUUCAGCCAUGCUCUGUGGCCUCUUUCUGGUAGCAAGGAUGGUGUUCAAGGCCCUGCAGUGACUUUGGUACAAAGCGCUUCUUCCUUCAACAGCCACAGGAACAGGAAGGGUGGAAACAGAGAAAUUAGUAAGUAGGAGUGCAGAUACUCAGAAAUUAUCUGUGCCUCUGCAGAACCGUGCUUGAAGUGCCUUCUACCUUCCUACUCUUCUCUGCUUUUGGGUAGAGGGAGCUUUCCCUGCCUGACACAGGAGUGAAUCAUCCAGUGUUAUCUUAUGGGAAAAACCAAAAUCAGUUGAGAAAAUAUGACCCCAGGAGUGCUGACCUACAUUUCCUUGAGGACUCCUGCAUAUGCUGUUAUAUCAUAUCCUCCUUUUAUUGCCUUUGAUGUAAGGACUCCUCUACAUCCUUAAGGAUGUACUUGACCAUCCAACCAGUGGCACAUAUCUUACCAGUUGCAAGGUCAUCUGUUGCAUGAGUGCAUCAAGACAGUGAUCAAGAAGUAGAUACCAUCACCUAUCAGGAAGAGGCAGGGUGUCCGCUUGGAUAGAUCUAAGAUAUCAGCUCAUGCUGGAGUCACUGGAUGCUCUUCUCAGGGAGGAGCAGGGCCAAGCAACUACAUUCCACCUGGCUGCAGCUCCUGUCCAGAUAGGGGCAUCACUACAUGGGUUUAAUGUCUUUUGCAGUGUUACAUUUCUGGCACAGUAGGAAAUAAAAGUCAAAUUUGAAUAGAGGGGGAUAUUGUAAUGGAAUCACUCUAAUGACAAAUACUCCUACAUCUUUGCUUUCAGCAGUGCCAGCAGUGCCAACAGUUUCAUCCAGCUUUCAACUAUUGCCUCUGCAAUAGUCUCUUGACUAUUGUAUGUGUGGCAGAUCCAACAUGUGAAAAUUUUCUCCAAAGCAACCCCACAUAGUGCCCCAGCAAACACACCAUGGGUACAGGAUGAACAUAUGCUGAUCUGUCUCACCUCCUAAAAGCCAGCUGAAAUGUAAUGAACUCAGUCUGACUAUUGAAAGCCAGAAACUAGAUUUAAAAGUUUUAUUUUUGGUGUCUUACCUGAAGAUUAUUAAUGAAUGAGGACCAGCAGUGCAAGUGGAGUGGGAGUGCCUCUUCAUCAGGUACCACUUACAUCCAUUCUGUGCAAGAACAGGUGAAGAUUUGCAUUGGCUGAUGCACUGUUUUCUUGCCACAAGUCCACAUCUGAGAUUUGGUUCUACCAAGCAGCCAGCCAAUCAUUCAGAUUAUUUAAUUCUUCUUUUCAGAUAGCUUUAGUACAAAUCAAGAGGAAGUCUUGCAGAGUUUCUGGUGAGUCUCCACCUUUUGCUGACAUUUGCCAGCCAGUCAGAAAUACCCAGAAUAGUUCUUUUCUGCAGAAAUGAGGAAGUGUGUUGGCACUUGCAGAGAUAAGUGAGAUUAACUUUUUUUUCUCCUCACUCUGGUGCAGAAGAAUUACUGGAGUCGGAUCACCAUUCUGCCUGUCUCAGCCACCUCAUCACCAUUCAGCUCAGAGCAAUCUGCAGCAGUUUU